CAGCCACUCAGGUAUUUCUACAGUCACUCCUUCCACUCCAUAGAACUACCGUCGUUGCCCGCAUUCGUUACGUUAUGUUAUUCAAGUCCCUCGCUACUGCUGCCCUCGCAGCUUCCGCCUUUGCCGCUCCUUUACAGCACCAACACCACCAACAUCAAGAAAGAGAUGUCGUGACCAAGGUCGUGGUUGUCACUGCUGGUGGAGAAGUCUCUUCCGUCCCAACCACCGUGCCUGAGGCUCCAUCUGGCUCCUCCUCCAGCGCUCCUUCCGGCUCCGACUCUUCCGUCCCUCAACCAUCCUCGUCUGGCUCGUUCAGCGGUGGCGCCAAGGGUAUCACCUACACCCCCUACUCCAACUCUGGCGGGUGUAAGUCUGCCCAGGAAGUCGCCUCCGACCUCAAGCAGUUGUCUGGCUACGAAAUCAUCAGAAUCUACGGUGUCGACUGUGACCAGGUCUCUUCUGUCUUGGCAGGUAAGGCUGCUGGCCAAAAGGUGUUCGCCGGUAUCUUCAACAUGAACAGUAUCAGCUCCGACGUCCAGACCUUGGCUUCCGCCGUCAAGGCUGCCCCAGGCGGUUGGGACAACAUCCACACCGUCUCCAUCGGUAACGAGUUGGUCAACUCUGGCCAAGCCAACGCUGGCCAAGUUGCCGGCUACGUCGCUGAAGGUAAGAGCGCCUUGAAGGCUGCUGGCUACUCCGGCCCAGUCGUCUCUGUCGACACCUUCAUUGCCGUCAUGAACAACCCAGCCCUUUGUGAACACUCCGACUACAUUGCCGUCAACGCCCACCCAUUCUUCGACGGUGGCAUUGCUGCCAACAACGCCGGUAAGUGGGUUUUGGACCAAAUCCAAAACGUCGCCCUCACCUGUGGUUCCAAGUCUGUUUUGAUCACCGAAACCGGAUGGCCUCACCAAGGUCAGAACAACAGAGAUGCUGUUCCAUCCAAGUCCAACCAACAAGCCGCCAUCUCCGACAUCAAGUCCAAGUGCGGUGACGACGUGUUGUUGUUCUCUGGUUUCGACGAAGCUUGGAAGGCCGAUGGUGCCUACAACGUCGAAAAGUACUGGGGUUUCCUCUCCAACUAGAAAGCCCUCUGACAGUGCUGCAGGCCGGUCCAAGAGUUGAUUCAACUUCGGACGACCAUCGCCCCCCACGCCUUUACUAGUGAUCCGUUUAUUAUACCAUUUUGGCCGCUUUUGCUGGUGGUUUCAUGUACUCUAUCUUUCUCGCUUCAGUUCAAACGUUAUCAGGAGCAGUUGAGCCGUCCUCGCUAGGACCCGAAAGACACUUUGAAUCCUCUGUUGAUGAAACCCCGGCUUGGUUGCUCCG